AUGAGCGCUGCUAUGAAUAUGAAUAUGAAUAUGAAUAUGAAUAACAGCAGUAUCAACAUGAACGUAGACUCCGCGUCUUCGGAAGAAGGACACAAGAAACUCACGCCGCAGGGUAGAUGGGAGGAAAUGUACCAACGCUUGGAUAAGUACCAACAAAAGCACGGAGAUUGCUUGGUGCCCAACCGAUACGAAGAGGAUCCCCAACUGGGUGCCUGGGUGUCCACACAGAGACGCCACUACAAACUCAUUGAAGCUGGAGAAGCAUCACCCAUGACACCCCACAGGAUUGACCUCCUGGAAAAAAUUGGAUUCAAGUGGUCUGCCAAGUGCCCCAGACACAUUCAAUGGGAAUCCAGAUUCCAGGCACUGUUGCGAUUCAAGGAUAAAUUUGGACACACUCAGGUACCCAUCAACUGGGAGGAAGACGUUCAGCUUGCCAACUGGGUCAGCACGCAGCGCCAAGAGUAUCAAAAUCUAAUCAAAGGCAGGACCACCAGACUCGACGAGCGCAGAAUUCGAUUACUCAAUGGUGUCGGCUUCUCGUGGCAGCUACAGAGAGGAGGAAGAAAGCGCCACUUGCAAGAAGUCAAGCAGCCAGGCCAAAAGGAUCUACUAAUGAUCGCACAAGCUCGGACCGCAGCCUCCACUGCCACACCGACUGGCACGGGACGUCCACCACGUCCAACAACAGCUCCAACAACACCAAAAGUGCAGAAACAAGAAGUAGCAAGGACCGUCACUGGAUGGGAAGGGAGACACAGGAUGCAACCUGGAAAAGUCGCUCCAGCGAAAACCAAUUGCGGCACUGCCACAGCACAUGCGCCUGGAACAUUGAACCAAGGAUUGGCCAUUGGUGCUGCGUCCAACAAGGUCCCUCCGACGGGGGUUGCCACCACCGUUGCCAAUGACCAGUCGGGAGCGUUGGCAGCACAGCAGACCCUCCACAAUCGGAGAUUGACUGUAGCGGAGUCGACUGGUGCAUCUGCAGCGACACGUCAGUCUCAGAAUGCGUUGGAGAGCAUGGUGUUUGGCCAUUCCAAAGACCUAGGUUCCAGUGUUCGUGCUCAGAUGGCCAACAACAGUGGCCUCGACGGUCGCCCAUCCCUCGCCACCGCCGCUCCUGCAGGUGCCUUUGGGGUGCCACCGAGCCCCACAACUGGCUUGUUGUCAUCAAGUGCCUCCCAACAACCAAUGGUUUCGGCAGGUGCACGCCAAGCUCUUCUCAUCAAUAGGCUCUCUCAAAACUCUGGACUCUCGUCAUCCGUGCUUGGCUUGCUCGGGGUAGAUCAUGCCCCUGGAAGGAUGCCGGGACAAUCGGCGCUGGCGUCAGCAUCGUCUCUCCCGCCAUUGGCAGCAGGAUGGCAGGGAACUGCGGCAGGGCAAGCCGCCAUCAGAAAUUCUACAGCUGGACAUGCGUCCGCUGCAACCCUGGCUGCCUUGGGAUACUCGGUGCCAGGUGGUCAGGCAAGCCAACAAGUGCAAAUUCCUGGACAUACCAAAUCUCUGCAGUCUGAAAGGAGCUUUCUAGAAGCUCGUGCCAGGGCAAGGCUUCUUGUCGCAAACGCUUCGACGUUUCCUAUGCCACAAUCCCAUGCAAAACCAUCGGAUCUGGAGAAUGGAUUCUUGGAUGCUCAUAGCAGGGCAAGGCUGCUCGCAGCCAACCCAGCAGCCACAAGAGGUUUGUUGCAAGACCAGACGACUCCGGCUUCGAUCGCUACCGUAGCGAAUUUGGAAUCUCUUACGGCCAACAACAGCGCGACUGGAGGUCUUCCGUUUUCUACAGGAGCCACAAAGAGAGGGAUGCCGUUGUUGCAAGACCAGUCAACAGCAACACAAACAUCGAUUACGACUGCAAGUCUUGACGCAAGUUUCCUGGACGCACCCACACAACUUACCCUUCUAUCAGCAGGGUUGUGCAGCGGGCAACACCCAAGGAGUGGAAUCUUCCCAGGACGUCUGAACUCGACCACUAACACGACAGGCAUCGAUGGCUCUUCUGGAGCUGAGCAGCAGCAGGAGACAGCACGUGGAUACCAGUACCUGAAUCUGACGCACCGAUUGCCAGCAGAAUACGAGCAACCGAGAAAGCGGCCUAAGCUAUGA